AUGCCAUCGUGGAGGACAAUAGAAAUGUCGGCUGCGAUAAGCGACGGAAGCGCUAUCUAUGCGACGGCUGCAUCUCGUGGCGUCUCCGCUGCCGAUCUUUGCCGACUCAACCCUCGCCCCAGUUGUUUCUGGGAAUCCAAUCAGCCCGCGCCGAUCCAGUUGUCUGGGGAAGCUGAGGUGCUCGCUAUCUCUCCCCGGUUUGGUAUCGAUGCGUGCGGGCCGUUCUUAAAGGUGGCCAACGCGGGCUGCGCUCAUCCCUGGAUUCGGAUAUCACCACCACAACGAGAUAUUCUCACGCUCACGCCAUCAACUAUGGACAAGAAAAAUGAACUUGAGAUGAAGCUGGAUCCGUCGGAGGAUUGUGGAUUGGGUUGUUUGUCUGUUGAUGACAGGCGGUUGAUGAGGAAGGUCGAUUGGCAAAUCCUGCCGAUUAUGUUCUUUACGUAUUUCCUCCAGAUGAUUGACAAAAUUUCCAUCAAUUAUGCGAAUGUCAUGGGCCUCCAAGACGACCUGGGGAUGUCGGGAAAUGACUUCUCCUGGCUAGCGACGGCGUUCUUCAUUGCGUAUGCAGUGGCCGAGAUCCCACAGGGCGCCCUACUCCAGAGAUUUCCUGUGUCAAAGGUCCUAGGAACGAAUGUUUUCUGCUGGGGUAUCAUCCUCUGUUGCUCCUCUGCUGCCAAAGACUUCCCCGGCAUGCUUGCUCUUCGUAUACUGCUUGGUCUGAUGGAGGCGGUUAUUGCACCCUCACUCACAAUGUACACAAGCAUGUGGUACACCCGCGCUGAAUCCACCCCCCGAUACGGCCUCUGGUACUGCGGUCUUGGAAUGGGACAAAUCAUCGGCGGACUGAUCUCCUUCGCGGCACAGCAUGCACCCGCAAAUAUGUCAUUCGGCGGCUGGCGGAUCAUGUUUGUCGUCAUCGGGGCUGUCAACAUCCUCGCUUCGUUGUUGGUCCUCUUCGUUCUCCCGGAAAGCCCGUCGAAGGCGAAAUUUCUGACCGACGAGGAAAAACAACGCAUCACGCAGAGGCUGGCUCAGGAUCAGGCUGGUGUUGGUCUGAAGGUCUUCCGCUGGCGGUCUGUCCUAGAAGCGUUUGCGGAUUUGCAGACCUGGUUGUUGGUUCUCCUGACGAUUCUGAUUACUAUCCCUAGUGGCGUGAUUACCACGUUUUCGGCUAUCCUUAUUCUGGGGUUUGGGUAUAACUCCAAGGAGAGUGCGCUGUUGAAUAUGCCUUCUGGGAUUGUUAGCAUUGUUUCGACUAUGGCGUCGACGUAUGCCAUUGCUAAGGGAUUUUCUCGUUGGUUGGCGAUUGAUAUAUUGUUGAUUCCGACGCUGCUGGGGUCUUGUCUCAUGUCUUUUCUGCCGACAGACAACAAGGGAGGGUGCCUUGCUGGUAUAUACUUGGUCAACACGACUGUCGCUCCCCUCGCUCUGAUCUACGCCUGGACGGGCGCAAACUUCAAGGGAUAUACAAUGAAGGUCUCCGGUGCAGCAAUCGUCUCAGCCGGAUUCAGCAUCGCCAACAUCAUCGGUCCCCAGACCUUCCAGUCGAAGGAUGCUCCUCAAUACAUCCCAGCGAAAAUCACCCUGGUUGCAGUGAAUGCAGCAGCCAUCGUGGUAUCGACAGUCUUACGACUGAUGUACGGAAGACGGAAUUCCAAGGCGGACCGUCUGGGAGUGCCAGCGCGCAGCACGAUGGAAGCGCGCAUGGCUAGCAAGAACAAUACGCAGGAUGUGCACGAUAACAACAACUUCCGCUAUGUGUAUUAA